GUGCGCGGACGUUUCAUUGAACGCUUGCGGCUGUGUCGGUUAGCCAAUUGAUUGGAGUGUGCGCGGAAAAUACAAGAAUUUGAAAAUGAAUACAUUAUAAAAAAUAGACUAAUGUUUAGGCAUUAUCGGUAAACAACAUUAAAGCAGUUUUUAUUAUACAUACCUUUGUGCAAUACAUAGGUAUACCUACAUAUGUACUCGUACAUGUCCCGAAGUAUGUGCCAGCUCAUUCACUCAAGCACCAAUUCGCUCCCAGAUUAACUGAGUAAGUGACUAAUGCCGCCAGGGUUUGACUACAAAACUGAUGUAAUUGAAAAUAAGAAAUAAAAUUAAGUCGAAAAAAGGCGCAGAACUCAUUGCCUUCCGUCGUGUGCAUAACCACUUAAUAGCAAUUACAACAAUAACAAUAACAAUACGACAGGCAAUGUAUAGCGGUAUCACCGGCUGAUAGCAUGCAUGCAUACAUACACACACCUGUAAAUAGAUUUGGUUGUGAAAAGCUAAAUUUAUUUAUCAUUUCAAUGAUAAAUUAAAUGAACAAAUAUCGGCAAUAAACAAAAAUUUUUAUGAACUCACGCGUUGUUCGAUUUAUCCACCACCACUAGGCUACACCGCCUCAGGCUACGCAACCAGCAAACAGCAACUCUACCACCACCACCAACAUCGCAGUCGUCGCUACUUCGUGGCUUGUUGUGGGUGGCAGCAGUGAGUGCAGUUAAAGCAUUUAGGCCAGUGAAUUUGUGUGCUGUAUUUGGAAGCGGAUUUGUUGGGUAAAUCGAAUCGUAUCACAAAGGCUACUACUGUCAAUCACAUUUUAUCACGUUUGCUCUCAACCGGCUCUCAACUGGUAGCAGUACUAAUGAUGCAUUUGUAAAUAUUUUUGUACGUACAUAAACGUUCGGAAAAAACGUGUGCUAGGAACUGCAUCGCGAUCUGAGAACCAUAAAAAAUGAACAGUGAUAAUUUCGGCUUUCCCACACAAAGCGAACGCCUGUUGCAGGCGCAGAAUAGACGUAAAUUCAGUUUUCCAGCAACACUUAGUUCUGCCUCACUGUUGGAGGUCAAUCAGAAUAUAACACGGCGUCGUCUCAGCAAUGUGAGCGACGUUGUCACACGCAAAUUGUCCUAUACGAUCGGCUGGAAGGCGACGCAAAUACCCACGCAAGAUAUCAUAUCACAGGGUCGUUGCAUCUGUGGCCAGUACAUACGACGACGCUUGCGCCGAUCUGGCUUGUUCAAUAAGAAAUUGGGCUUUCAGCGCAUACGCAGCAUACUUGGCACCUCCUCCAUGGACAUAGUGCGUGACGUCUUUCCCGCUGUGAUGGUGCUGGGUGACGAGUUGGAGCGCAUGCAUCCACGCAUCUACACAGGCGUCGCAAGACAAAUUUGUCGCGCUCCAAGCGGUGAAUUUCAUUCUGCCGAAACGAUUACGCUUCUCUUAGGUGCUGUAGGACGUGAUCUAUUUCGGUCUGAAAUAACUUGGAGUAAGGUGAUUUCAUUAUUUGCCAUUGCCGGCGGCCUUUCAGUGGAUUUUGUGCGUCAAGGUCACCCGGAAUAUGUUCCGAAAUUAGUAGACGGCGUUUCGGAAGUGAUCGAGGAUGAACUGGUAUCGUGGAUCAAUGAGAAUGGCGGUUGGCUUGGCCUUAACACACACGUACUGCCGGUGACGAGUAAUUUUAGUCCAUUGGAAUGGACUACCAUUGUUAUUGGCUGCAUUUUCGGCAUAUUUGUACUAUAUAUGUUCUUAAGAUUCAUAUUUUUCUAUUUGGUACCGAAAGUGUAUCUACGUCUGACAUCAUAGCAAUAACUAUAAAAUACAACUUACAUUUAUUUAGUUUUAAUUACUUAAAAAAAAAGUAUUUCUUAAUGUGGCUAAAAACUAAGCUAACUAGUAAAUAAUAUAAUAAAUAAAAAAUGUGUUUAAAAAAAUUUCAACGAAUGCCAACAAAUA